AUGUCUUUCCUCAUCGAAGCCACCGGCCGCCGUCUGGCCACCAUCCCCCGCGUCGUCCCCAGAGCCGCCGUCGCUGCCCCCAGAACAUUCACCACCUCCUUUGCCGCGCAAAAGUCGGCAACAGAGACCGUCAAGGAUGGUCUGAAGACCGUCGACCGCAAGGUCAGCGACAAGCUCGUCGAUGGUAUCAACGCCGGUGCCAACGUCGCUGAAAAGGUCAAGCAAAACGUCCCCAACACCCAGGGCGAGGCCGCCGGCAAGGCACAGGAGCUCAAGGGCGAGGCCGCCGGCAAGGCGCAGGAGCUCAAGGGUGAGGCCAAGGGCAAGGCCAACGAGCUUGCUGGCAAGGCCAAGGGUACCGCCGACCAGGUCAAGAAGAACCUGUAA